UCAUUUCCCUCUCCCCGUCCCAAAUAGAGACGUAACUUCCAUUCCAUAUGAAUCAUUUAGUUGCUUUGCCCAAAUAUCCCCCCCAAGUCACAAUGGGCAGCAGCAGCAAUAUGGCUGAUGAUGAAAAUCGUCCCACAGCGGAUUUCCAUCCCUCGCCAUGGGGAGACUUCUUCGCCACCCACAACUUCGCAAGUGAUGAUGUGUUGAAGGAGUGGAAGGAAGGAAUUGAAGUGCUGAAACCUUAUGUAGUGAGGAUGUUGUCAGCCACUGCUGGUGAAGACGCGGUAGACAAAUUAGUGCUGCUAGAAAGGCUGAAACUAGUCGACGUGGUUGAGCGGCUAGGCAUUGGUUACCUUUUCAAGAGAGAAAUCCAACAAAUCCUCCAACAAGUGUAUGAAACACACGACUCAACUGAUGACCUAAACAAUGAUAAUAUGAACCUCCAUGAUGUUGCUCUUCGUUUCAGGCUUCUCAGAGAACAUGGUUAUGAUGUCUCCAGUGACAUAUUCAAUGAGUUCAAGACAAAGAAAGGCGAGUUCAAGGAAGAAUUGGCGAGUGAUGUUGAAGGCAUGCUAAGUUUGUAUGAAGCCUCAUAUUUGCGUAAGCAAGGAGAGAACGUAUUAGACGAAGCAAUCCAGUUCACGAAAUCACACCUGGAAGCUAAGGCUGUUGAUGUAGAGUCCCUAUUGAGUGAACAGUUGACUCAUGCCUUAGAAAGACCUAAGUGAACGGCUAUUUGCCGCCAAUCAAAUUGCUAUUUGCCGCCAACUAAAAAAAAAAAAAAAAGAAUUCAAAAUUUGAAUUUUCUAUUCCUUCCCAGUGCCUCCGUCGCCGGUAAAAAAAAAAAAAAAUUAAAUUUUGAAUUUUCCCUUCCUUCCCAGUGCCUCCGUCGCCGGCACCGUUCUUCCGUCGUCGGCUAACCUCCCGUCACCCUCAAUCGUCGGAAAACAAGUAAGUUUACUUUUUCCGGCCAGUUUUCCAGUUUUCCGGUAAGUUUUCCAGUUUUCCGGCGAAAAACACGGCGGGCCGAAAAAAAAUUGUGGCCCGAACGUCGUCGAGCCGAAAAAAAUUUGUGGCCGGGA